CGAGCACCCCACGUGGCGACGUCAUCAGCGCACGCGCGCGCUCAGUGAAUGAGGACGGCGGCGCGGGAUAACGAAAGGUAACGACGGCGAGAAUCUCCGUCGCCACCUCCAGCUCCGUCGUCUUUCCCCAUGUCCUUCCCCCCGUGGGGGCGCGCCCCCUACCCGGGCCCCCCACCUCCCCCCUUCCCUCAAGGGCCCCCCAGCUUCCUAGGCCCCCCACGUGGGCCCCCACAGGUGGGCCCCCCGCCAGUCAGGGUUACGGGCCCCCCACAGAAUUACCCUCCUGCAGGUAGAGUAAUGCCCCCCCCACAGGGCUAUCAUCCUCCACCUCCUCCUCCUCACACGGGGAGGGUUUUUGGCCCCCCACAGAGCUACCCCCCUCCCGCAGGUCGGGCGAUGGGCCCCCCACAUUCUUCCUACGCCCUUCCUCCUCCCAUUGCGAGGGGGGGUGCGCCACCCCCUCCGGCACCCCCCUUCCCUCCGCCGCCGAUGGCUCCUCCCCAGGGCGGCGGCUUUCCCUUCGCGCCGGGCCCCCCUCCGUUCGGCACCCCCCCUCCCUCCCACGGAGGGGGCAGGCCCGGCCUCCCGCCACCGACCGGAGGGCCCCGGAACGAGAAUUGGAUUCGUGCCUCGGCACCCCGCAAUGAGAAUUGGACCUCGUCAUCCGGGCCCCGCAAUGAGAAUUGGACCUCGGCAUCCGGGCCCCGGAAUGAGAAUUGGACCUCGACAUCCGGGCCCCGGAAUGAGAAUUGGAGUUCGGCCUCGGGGCCCCGGAAUGAGAAUUGGACUGGGACAUCCGGGCCCCGGAAUGAGAAUUGGAAUCCGGCCUCUGGGCCCCGGAAUGAGAAUUGGACUGGGACAUCUGGGCCUCGGAAUGAGAAUUGGACUGGGACGUCUGGGCCCCGGAAGGAAAAUUGGGCCGGAGCAUCUGGGCCCCGGAAUGAGAAUUGGACUGGGACAUCUGGGCCCCGGAAUGAGAAUUGGACCUCAGCAUCCACGCCCCAGAAUGAGAAUUGGACUGGGACGUCUGGGCCCCGGAAGGAGAAUUGGACCGGAACAUCUGGGCCCCGGAAGGAGAAUUGGACUGGGACGUCUGGGCCCAUGAAUGAGAAUUGGACUGGGACGUCUGGGCCCCGGAAUGAGAAUUGGACCGGAGCAUCUGGGCCCCGGAAUGAGAAUUGGAGUUCGGCCUCGGGCGCCAGGAAUGAGAAUUGGAAUUCAACUGUGGGGCCCCAGAAUGAGAAUUGGAAAAAACCUGUGGGGCCCCGGAAUGAGAAUUGGAAUCCACCUGUGGGGCCCCGGAACGUGGAUGGGCCCUCGGAAGGGGCACGGAGAGAGGGGCGGGGCUCUUUGGUGCCCCGGAACGUGGAUGUGGCCCCGGAAGGGGGAUGGAGGGAGGGGAGGGGCUCUGUGGGGGGGAGGAGGGGCCCCUCCCCUCCAUCCCCUCCCCCCUCACGCCCCCCGUUGAGCAGGAAGAGGUCACGGAGUGAGAGCAGGGAGCGUCGCCACCGCUCAAGUCGGCGGAGUGGAGACCGCGAAUCCUCCAGGAGACGACGCAGCGGGUCGCGGGGUCGCGAGAGCCGUCGCCACGACGACCCCUCCCCCCGCCGCCCCUCCCCUCGCCCCCACGCCGUGCGGGGCCGGGGGGAGGGGGCCGACCCCCCCUCCCCCUCCCCAGGCCCGACUGCCACGCUGCCCCCGCGGCACGAGGACUUCAACCCGGAGCGCCCCGUGUGGGUGCGCUGCUCCACCAGCGAGAGCUACUUCUCCCUGGACCCCCUCGACCAAGUGGGUGAGAGCACCGCAGUGGGCACGUCUCUGCUCACGAGCCUCUGCGAGGAGUUUGAGCAGCGCCUGGGGAGGAGGAGGAGGGACGCCCGGGCGUCGCGCCCCCACUGGGAGCCGCCCCCCAGCCAGGGCCACUCGUGCGGCGUCUCGGACAGCAGCAGCAGCUCGGACUCGGACUCGGAGUCGGAGUCGGAGUGCGGGAGUGAGGGGGAGGGGGGAGGGGCCGCGGGGGGCGGUCUGGGUGCGGUGGACGUGGUGGAGGAGAUCAGGCGCAGGAAGAGUCACCCAGACAGACUCCACCCGGAGCUGUGGUUCAAUGAUCUAGGGCAGAUGAACGACGGGCCGCUGUGUAAGUGCAGCGCGCGAGCCAGGAGCACGGGGAUCAGACACGCCAUCUACCCUGGCGAGGAGCCGAUUGAAGCGUGCCGCCCGACGGGGAACAACGCUGGGCGCCUGUUCCACUACCGCGUCACCGUCUCCCCGGCAACCAACUUCCUGACGGACCGCCCCACGGUGAUUGACUUUGACGACCACGAGUACAUCUUCGAAGGCUUCUCCCUCCUGUCGCACUCGCCCCUCAAGGACGUGACACUGUGUAAAGUCGUCCGCUUCAACAUCGAUUACAGCAUCAUCUUCUUGGAGGAGACGCUGCCACAGAACUUCACGGUGCGGGGUCUGGAGCUGCUGUCGUCGUUCAUUUUCUGGGACCUGUUGGAGCUCCACGACUGGGACCUCUCUGGACCCCAGUUCCCCGAUGGCCGCUCCUCGUGCCCGCGGUUCCACUUCUUCCCAAGAUUCGUGCGCUCGCUGCCCGACAACGGCAAGGAGGUGCUGUCGCUGCACCAGGUGCUGCUCUUCCUGCUACGCAGCGCCACUCCCCUCGUGUCGGACCCCCAGGAGGCCGAACUGCGCUCGUGGACCGACGCGCGCUGGCAGCGCUUCGCCGAGGAGUGCAAGGGCAUGAUCGUUACCAACCCCGUCACGAAACCCACCUCGGUGAGAAUCGAUCAGUUGGACCGCGACCCCUCGCAGGGGCCCCAGGGGUCGCAGGACGACUCCAGUCCCAUCAUCGUGCACUUCGGCAUCCGCCCAGCGCAGCUGAGCUACGCGGGGGACCCGCAGUACCAGAAGCUGUGGAGGAGUUAUCUGAAGUUGAGACAUUUGCUGGCAAACAGCCCCAAAGGGAAAGCCUCCUACAAGCAGAGGCUCAUGCAGAGAGAGGAGGCCCUGCAGAGGAUCAGGCAGAAGAACUCGAUGCGACGUGAGGUCACCGUGGAGCUCAGCAGCCGCGGCUUCUACCGGACGGGGCUGCGGUCGGACGUCUGUCAGCACGCGAUGAUGCUGCCUGUGCUUACUCACCACAUCCGCUACCACCAGUGCCUACAGCACUUGGAGACUCUGCUGGGGUACCGGUUCAACAACCGCGAGCUCCUACAGCUGGCGAUGACCCACCCGAGCCACCACCUGAACUUCGGGAUGAACCCGGACCACGCGAGGAACGCGCUCUCCAACUGCGGCGUGCGCCAGCCGACCUACGGGGACCGGCGUGCCCAGCACCUGCACCAGAGGAAGAAGGGAAUCAACACCCUGAUUAACAUCAUGUCUCGCCUGGGCCACCAGGAACCCACUCCUUCACGGAUUUCUCACAAUGAACGACUCGAAUUUCUGGGCGACGCUGUCGUAGAAUUCCUCUCCAGCGUUCACCUCUACUUCCUCUUCCCGAGUCUGGAGGAGGGCGGCCUAGCGACGUACCGGACGGCCAUCGUCCAGAACCAGCACCUGGCCAUCCUCGCCAAGAAGCUACAGCUGGACGCGUUCAUGCUGUACGCCCACGGCCCUGACCUCUGCCGGGAGUCCGAUCUGCGCCACGCUAUGGCCAACUGCUUCGAGGCUCUCAUAGGUGCGCUCUAUGAUGAGGGAGGUAUGGACGUUGCUCGCCAGCUGUUCGGGCGGCUGUUGUUUGACGAAGAGAAUCUCAGGGAAGUUUGGCUCAACUACCCCCAGCACCCACUACAGUCCCAGGAGCCCGGCACGGACCGGCACCUGGUGGCGGCAUCUCCCGUGCUGCGCUCGCUCACCGAGCUGGAGGUCUCCAUCGGCGUGGACUUCUCUCACAUCCGCCUGCUGGCACGGGCCUUCACCCUGCGCACCGUAGGCUUCAACCACCUCACGCUGGGUCACAAUCAGCGCAUGGAGUUCCUGGGUGACUCCAUCAUGCAGAUGGUGACAACGGAAUACCUCUACCGGCACUUCCCAGAGCACCACGAGGGCCACCUCACGCUGCUGCGGAGCUCGCUGGUGAACAACCGCACGCAGGCUAAGGUGGCGCUGGACCUCGGGCUGCCCAACUUCGCCAUCAACAACGACAAGACGCAGCGCUCGUUCAUGCGCACCAAGGUUCUGGCCGACCUGCUCGAGUCCUUCCUCUCCGCCCUUUACAUAGACAAGGACCUUCAGUACGUGCGCUGCUUCAUGGACGUGUGCUUCUUUCCUCGGCUCAAGGAGUUCAUACUGAACCAGGACUGGAAUGACCCCAAGUCCCAGCUGCAGCAGUGCUGCCUCACGCUGAGAACAGAGGGCCGAGAGCCAGACAUCCCUGUCUACAAGAUUCUCCAGACUCUGGGCCCCUCGCACGCGCGCACCUACACGGUGGCCGUCUACUUCAAGGGGGAGCGACUGGGCUGCGGCACAGGGCAGAGUAUUCAAAGAGCUGAGAUGAAGGCCGCUCAAGAUGCCCUUGAAAAACACAACUUCCCGCAGAUGAUCUACCAGAAGCGAUUCAUGGAGCGAAAGUACGGCCGCGAUGCGAGACACGGGGACUUGGAGACCAGGAGACGCGGGGAAGCGGAGGCGCGGAGACGCGGGGACAACAAACCGCGGAGACGCGGGGACACGGAGACGCGGGGACACGGGGACGCGGACACUCGGGGACACGGGGACGCGGAGAAACGGAGGGACGCGGAGACGCGGGGACACAGGGACACGGAGAAACGGAGGCUCGGGGACACGGAGUCGCAGAGACACUCACGCCGAGACACUGCGACAUAGAGACACGGAGACAACCCCCCGGAGGUUGGAUUCAGGCGGACACGGGAGGCGAGGUGAUGCGGGAAGCCGCAGGGAGACACGAAGACGCGGGGACACACGGGGAAACCCGCGGCGAUGUGGGUAGGCGCACAGGAAAGCACGGGGAGACGUUGCGGAUGCACACUGUUGAUGUAGAUGUUGUGAGUUUAAUAAACGUGAUGACAGGAA